AGACAGUGCUAACGUGUGCAGCAAAAGGUGAAACUUGGUAAAUUGGUCGAUUUCUUCAUAAAUCUAGAAUGUCUGUAGAAAAGUCGUAAGGACUAGCAAAAAUGUUUUUGUCUUUAUAGACAGUUGGCUUACAUAGUACGAAAGGGUGUAUACAUCAAUGUACAGUCAAUUUUGGAAAAUUCUAACAAAUGUGGCUAGGAGCCAUAAAUUUAGUUCGCUUACUUUUCUUGAAGUUGCAUCACCACCACAUGAUAUGUGAAUUUUUUCAUUUGAGUCAUCCCUUGUUUCAUAUCCAGCAAAAAUAUGAGAAGCAUGAAACUGUUUCUUUUACUUUCUUUCAAUACUUUCAUGUUACUUGAAGCAUAUGGUUUUACCGAUGAAACUGAUCGGCAAGCGUUGUUUGAUUUUAAGUCUCAAGUUUCUGAAGACAAAAGAGUUGUAUUGUCCUCAUGGAAUAACUCAUUCCCUCUUUGCAUUUGGAAUGGAGUUACAUGUGGCCGCAAACACAAGAGAGUUACUCGCCUGGACCUCGGAGGAUUGCAAUUAGGCGGAGUGAUAUCACCAUCUAUUGGUAAUCUUUCAUUUCUCAUAUCACUUAAUCUCACAGAAAACUCUUUUGUUGGUACCAUCCCUCACGAGGUGGGAAACUUGUUUAGACUUCAACACUUGAAUAUGAGCUUUAAUUUUCUCGAGGGAGAGAUUCCAGCAAGUCUUUCUAACUGCUCUAGAUUGUUGAAUCUUGGUUUAUAUUCAAAUCAUCUUGGAGGAAGUGUUCCUUCAGAGCUAGGAUCAUUGACAAAGCUUGUUGGUUUAUAUCUUGGUCAAAACAACCUAAAAGGAAAGAUCCCUUCGUCUCUAGGAAAUUUGACGUCACUCAUAUUUCUUGGCUUGGCAAAUAACAAUAUAGAAGGAGGAAUUCCAGAAGGUAUAGCUAGAUUGAGUCAAAUAGUUGAUCUUGAAUUAUCAAUGAACAAUUUCUCUGGUGUUUUCCCUCCUGCUAUCUACAAUUUGUCUUCACUUGCAUAUUUAUCCAUCUCUGCUAAUAGUUUCUUCGGUAGCCUGAGGCCUGAUUUUGGUAAUCUAUUACCAAAUAUUAGAACGUUAUAUUUGGAAGGUAAUCAUUUCACAGGAGCCAUUCCAGAAACACUUUCCAAUAUCUCAAAUCUUCAAGUGGUUGCAAUGGAAUAUAACAAUCUAAUGGGAAGCAUUCCUUUAAGCUUUGGAAAAGUACGGAAUUUGCAACUCCUUGAACUUUAUGGUAAUUUUUUGGGAAGUUAUUCUUCUGGAGAUCUUGAAUUUCUUGGUUCUUUGACUAACUGCACCCAUCUACAGACUUUGAGUGUUGGUGAAAAUAGGUUGGGAGGUGAUUUACCUGCCUCCAUUGCCAAUCUCUCCAUAAACCUCAUCCAUUUAAGCCUUGGAAAAAAUCACAUCUCUGGAAGCAUUCCUGAUGAUAUUGGGAAUCUCAUAAGCCUACAAACAUUUCAGUUGGAGAAAAAUAUGUUGGUUGGACCACUCCCAACCUCUCUUGGUAAGAUUUUACACUUGGGGAUAUUAAGUCUCUAUUCGAAUAGAAUGUCAGGAGAGAUACCAUCUUCUCUAGGAAAUAUCACUCGGCUAGAAAAACUAUAUUUGUCGAACAAUAGUUUUGAUGGAAUUAUUCCCCCGAGUCUUGGAAAUUGUGCUUACCUUCUACGUUUAUAUAUGGGAUCUAAUAAGUUGAAUGGAACCAUACCUCGGGAAAUUAUGCAGAUUAAAACCCUUGUUAACCUAGGAUUGUCUGAUAAUUCAUUGACUGGCUCUUUACCAAAUGAUGUUGGAGGACUAGAACUUCUGGUUACACUAACCGUUGCGCAUAAUAAAUUAUCUGGCAAACUUCCACAAACCUUGGGGAAAUGUCUCUCAUUGGAAAAACUUUAUCUACAAGGAAAUUCUUUUGAUGGAGAUAUUCCAGAUAUAAGAGGUUUGGUGGGUAUUCAAAGAGUAGAUCUGUCAAACAAUAAUCUCUCUGGAAGUAUACCUGAAUAUCUUGUGAACAUAUCUUCGUUGGAGUAUCUCAAUCUAUCCUUUAACAACUUUGAAGGGAGGGUGUCAACAGAAGGAAAAUUUCAAAAUACUACUAUAGUUUCAGUACUUGGGAACAAACAUUUAUGUGGAGGUAUCAAGGAACUGAAACUAAAGGUGUGCCAUUCGAAAGCACCAACAAUAGAGAAAGAACAUUCUUCUACUUUCAAGAAAGUUGUGAUCGGGGUUUGCGUGGGCAUAACUUUUCUUUUGCUCUUGUUGAUAGCUUCGGUUUCUUUAUGUUGGUUUAGAAAGAGGAAGAAGAACCAGAAUUCCACUAAUCCAACUCCUUCUACCUUAGAAGUCUUCCAUGAGAAGAUAAGUUAUGGUGAUCUUCGAAAUGCGACAAAUGGCUUCUCUUCAAGUAAUUUGAUUGGGUCAGGCAGUUUUGGUACUGUGUUUAAAGCAUCCCUCCAUGCGGAGAACAAUGUGGUUGCAGUGAAAGUUCUAAACCUACAAAGACAUGGAGCAAUGAAAAGCUUUUUGGCAGAAUGUGAAUCCUUGAAAAGCAUACGGCAUCGUAAUCUUGUGAAACUAUUGACAGCUUGCUCGAGUAUUGAUUUCCAAGGAAACGAUUUCAGGGCUCUUAUCUAUGAGUUCAUGCCAAAUGGAAGCUUGGAUAUGUGGCUGCACCAAGACGAAGUGGAAGAGAUUCAUAGGCCAUCAAGAAAUUUGACGCUUCUUGAAAGGUUAAACGUAGCGAUAGAUGUGGCUUCUGUUUUAAACUAUCUUCAUGUUCAUUGCCAUGAACCUAUAGUUCAUUGCGAUCUUAAGCCAAGUAACGUUCUCUUAGACGGUGAUUUGACUGCACAUGUUAGUGAUUUUGGUAUGGCUCAGCUUCUUCUCAAAUUUGACAAAGAGUCCUUUCUCAACCAACUAAGCUCAGCCGGCGUUAGAGGAACUAUCGGCUAUGCCGCACCAGAAUAUGGAAUGGGAGGACAACCAUCAAUACAUGGUGAUGUGUAUAGCUUUGGAGUUCUCCUUUUGGAAAUGUUCACUGGAAAGAGACCUACCAAUUUGUUAUUUGGGGGAAACCUUACCAUACACAGCUUCACCAGGUCGGCGUUACCGGUAAGAGUGUUGGAGAUAGUAGACAAAUCGAUUAUUCGCAGCGGCCUAAGAAUUGGCUUCCCUGUUACUGAGUGCUUGACACUUCUAUUGGAGGUGGGACUUAGGUGCUGUGAAGAAUCUCCGACAAAAUGGUUGACAACGAGUGAAAUCACAAAGGACUUAUUCUCAAUACGAGAGAGGUUCUUUAAAGCUAGAAGAACAGCCAGACAUUGAUGUGUACAUACUUUGCAAUACACUUUAAAAACUGAAUUUGAUGCUUAUAUAGUAUCGUCUAUGUACUCAUAUACAUAUGCUUUAAUUUAAAUCAGUUUUUUUCCGUUUA